AUGACAUCUGAACUUAAUCCAACAGAAAUAAGCCUAUUACAAAAUACACAACAAAUUCAAUUUCAUAAAAAACAACUGAGCAUAGCAACGAUCAUACCAUCAGAACUAAUACUUCAUAUAUUCAAAUUUGUUACAACUACGACAGAUUUAAAGUCAUGUAUUUUAGUUUGUAAAUCAUGGUGUAGGUGUGGAGUUGAACUUUUAUGGCAUAAACCUGUUUUUAGUGAAAAUGUUUCUCUCCAUAGAUUGCUUGUAACAAUAGCACGAACAACUCAAACUUUUCCUUAUUCACUUCUUAUUCGUCGCCUUAAUUUUUCUUAUUUGGGAGAAAAUCUUAGUGAUCUGAUUCUUGCUAGAUUAAGCACAUGUGAGAGAUUAGAAAGGUUGACACUUGCAGGAUGUAGAAAGUUGACGGAUGAAGGUUUAUUAAAAUUAUUAGAUAAAACUGAAGGGCUGGUAGCAUUGGAUGUAUCAGAUAUUGAAAAUUUGACUGAUGUUGUAAUCGAAUUGUUAGGUGAACGGUGUAGAAGAUUGCAAGGUUUGAAUGUAAGCUUGUGCAAAAAUAUUUCUGAUAGAGGAAUUGUAGCCGUUGCAUCAAAAUGUAAAGGCUUGAGAAGAAUAAAAUUAAGCAAUUGUGAGAAUAUUACUGACAAGUCUGUUAUUGAACUAGCUGAAAAUUGUCAUCACUUAUUAGAAUUGGAUCUCACCAAUUGUCACCAAAUCACAGAUGAUGCAAUUCAACCAGUCUUUGAAAAUUGUACUCAACUAAGAGAACUCCGACUUGCUUAUUGUACAUAUUUGACUGACGAGCCUUUUAUCAAAAAAAUGCCAAUUCCAUUUGAACAAUUACGUGUUCUCGAUCUUACAUCAUGUGCAUUGAUCACUGAUCAAGCAAUAAAAAAAAUAGUUUAUUGUUCACCAAAACUAAGGAAUCUUGUUUUGGCCAAAUGUACCAAUAUUACAGAUGAGGGAGUUAAUUAUAUUACAAGAUUGGGCAAACAUUUACACUAUCUUCAUUUAGGACAUUGUUCAAAUAUCACAAAUGAGUCUAUAAUUCAAUUGGCACGUCAUUGUACUAGGUUAAGAUAUCUUGACCUUGCUUGUUGUAUCCUUUUAUCAGACAAAUCAGUUUUUGAAUUAUCACACCUUCCAAAACUUCGCCGUAUCGGAUUAGUGAAAUGUGCAUUGAUUACUGAUCGAGCCAUUUAUGCACUAAUUGAAAACAGGGUAGUCAUACACACUUUAGAACGUGUGCAUCUGUCAUAUUGUGCGCGACUUACAAUUCCAGCAGUUUCAGAAUUAGUUAAUUCUUGUCAUCGUUUAACACAUCUAUCUUUGACCGGCGUACCUGCUUUUCUAAGGCCAGAUAUACAAAGAAAUUGUCGACAACCACCAAAAGAGUUUACAGUUCAUCAACAACAAGUUUUUUGUGUUUUUAGUGGUAAAGGAGUCAAGGAUUUAAGAAUGUGUUUAAAAACCAUAGUUUCAAGUCAACAACAGCAACAAGGAGGAGCAAAUGUGCCUGGUGGUACUAACAAUACAGAUGAUCAAGUUGAUGGAGAUACAAACAUAGAAGCGAACAAUAGUAAUGGUGAUACUGAUGAUAAUACUGUUUCUGAAGCAGAUGGAACUGGUGGUGAUGAUAAUUCUGAAGGUGGCGAAAAUGAAAAUGAAGUUAUCACUGCUAGAGUUAGUAAUAAUAUUGAUAAUGCUAAUGAUAGUGAUAAUUAUAAUCAUAAUAAUUUUGAUAAUAACUUUAAUGAGGCUCUCGUAUUGAGUGAUGAUGAUAAUAAUAUUAUCAUCAAUGGUCGUAAUGAAGUUGGUGAUAUCGAUGUUGAGUAA